AUGUCCAACAACAUCUCCAUCACCCACUUCCUCCUCCUGCCAUUCUCAGGCACAAGGCAGCUGCAGCUGCUGCACUUCUGGCUCUUCCUGGCCAUCUACCUGGCUGCCCUGCUGGGCAAUGGCCUCAUCAUCACCACCAUAGCCUGGGACCACCACCUCCACACCCCCAUGUACUUCUUCCUCCUCAACCUCUCCUUCCUUGACCUGGGUGCCAUCUCCACCACUGUGAUGUACUUCUUCCUCCUCAACCUCACCCUCCUUGACCUGGGAUCCAUAUCAACGACUGUGCCCAAGUCCAUGGCUAAUUCUCUGAGGGACUCCAGGAACAUCUCCUACACAGGAUGUGCUCUGCAGGUCUUCUUUUAUGUAUUCCUAAUGGCUACAGAGUAUUUUCUCCUCACCACCAUGUCCUACGAUCACUAUGUUGCCAUCUGCAGACCCCUGCACUAUAAGGCCCUCCUGGGCAGCAGAGUUUGUCUCCACCUGGCAGAAGCUGUCUGGAUCUGUAGCUUUCUCUAUGCUCUGCUGCACACAGCCAAUAUAUUUUCCCUGCCCUUCUGCCAGGGCAAUGCUCUGGACCAGUUCUUCUGUGAAGUGCUCCAGAUCCUCAAGCUCUCCUGCUCCACAUCCUACCUCAGGGAACUUUGGCUUAUUGUGGCCAGUGCCUCUUUAUUCUUUGUCUGUUUUGUGUUGAUUGUGGUGUCCUAUGUGCAGAUCUUCAGGGCAGUGCUGAGGAUCCCCUCUCAGCAGGGACGCCACAAAGCCUUUGCCACCUGCCUCCCUCACCUGGCUAUGGUCUCCCUGUUUCUCAGCACUGUAAUCUUUGCCUACCUGAAGCCCUCUUCCAUCUCCUCUCCAUCCCUGGACCUGGUGGUGUCAGUUGUUUACUCAGUGGUGCCUCCAGCAGUGAACCCUCUCAUCUACAGCCUGAGGAACCAGGAGCUCAAGGAUGCCCUGAGGAAAAUGAUCCCUGGAUGCUUUCAGAACGCAGGAAGUGACAACACCUUGGAGACACGAAGUGAUCCAGCCGAGGAUGCUGCGCGAGCGUCCUUGAAAGGCUGCAGGAAAAUAGCUGCCUCCAGAUUCCCUGCUGACAAAGCUAACAACAGCUGCCACAGCAGCGCCAGCCCCUGCCGCAGCCUUGGCUUCUGUACCAUCCGCUGCUGA